AUGCUACCGCAAAUCCCGCGCCCCGGUGACUUCGACGUGUCGCCGGAGCACGGCUUCCUUCCGGCCGAGCUGCCGCUGCAGUGCCUGGACGACCCCUACUACCGCCCGUGGGAGAGCACAGUCGGCGCCCUGCAGGCGCUGAUCCUGACCCGCCGCCUGCGCGGCGUCGUCGAUGCCCUGCCCGUCCUGUCAACCGACUACCUGGACACCGAGCCUGAGUGGCGCCGCGCCUACUCGAUCCUAGCUUUCAUCGCCCACGCCUACAUCUGGGGUGGCGAUACCCCUGUGGAUAGAGUUCCUCCUUCCAUUUCCGUGCCGUUCCUCUCAACGUGUCAGCACCUAGAGCUUCCCCCCGUAGCUACCUAUGCUGGUCUAGUGCUGUGGAACUGGCGCCCACUGGAUCCCUCAGCCCCAAUCGACAACCUGGAGAACAUCUUCACGCUGAACACCGCUACCGGCUCCCUCGACGAAUCAUGGUUCUACCUUGUCUCUGUGGCCAUCGAGGCCCGCGCUGCGCCAACCAUUCCCCUCAUGCUAACCGCCAUCGAGGCCGCGCGGUACGGUGACAGCCACACCGUGACCGAGUGCCUUCGCUCGUUUGCCGAGAGACUGGAUGAGCUGGGCACGCUGCUGCAGCGCAUGUACGAGAACUGUGACCCUCACGUGUUCUAUCACCGCAUUCGACCUUACCUUGCCGGCUCUAAGAACAUGGCCGACGCAGGCCUGCCCAAUGGUGUCAUAUUCGACGACGGCACGUCAGCGUCGCAGCACUACGUCCAGUUUUCCGGUGGUAGCAACGCCCAGUCCUCCAUCAUCCAGUUCUUCGACAUUGUCCUCGGCAUUGAGCACCGCCCGACCGGCACCAAGCCUCAAGAGUCGCCCUCGGCCCCGCCGCCUCCGUCGCACAACUUCAUCCAGGAGAUGCGCACCUACAUGCCGGGCCCGCACAAGCGCUUCCUUGAGGCCGUCACGGGCGUCGCCAAUAUCCGGCCCUACGUUGAGCAGCGCCGUGGCGACCGCGCCCUCUGCACCGCCUUCGACGCCUGCUUGGCUAUGCUGCGCGCCUUCCGCGACAAGCACAUCCAGAUGGUCAGCCGGUAUAUCAUCGUCAAGAGCCGCGAGUCUCGUUCGCAAUCACGCUCGCUCAGCCCCUCCUCACACCACUCCCAGCGCGUCAACCUGGCCUCGGCGAACCGCCGCCAGCAGGCCACCGUUGGAUCCGUCGGCAUGGAGGGCAGCAGCAAGAAGAAGGACCUUCGCGGCACGGGCGGUACCGCCCUCAUCCCCUUCUUGAAGCAGGCGAGGGACGAAACGGGCGAGCCGGCCAUCGACGCCUGGGCGCGCCGGCUGCUCAACAACGGGCCUGCGGACGCCGGCAGCAGCGGGAAAGGCGCGCGGCUGACGAAGAUGGGCGAGCACGCGAGCGGGGAGAUGGAGAUUGUCGGCCUGGCGGGCGUGUGGAGCGUGGAUGAUAGCGAGGGCGGCAUUUGCCACUGGUAG